AUGGCCUUCCUCUUCACUUCGCUCACCCUGAUUGCUGUCCUCCUCAUGCGCACAACACUGGCAUUUUCUGGGAAUUUCGAGCUCACCAACCUCGUCGUCUCAUCGCCCUUCCAAGCAGAUCCCUACUCGAUCGAGAGCACCUAUGUUGAAUUCGACUUCUGUGACCAAGACACGCCUGAAGUCGGGUCCACACACUGCGGAGUUCAAUGGGCCGUUGGGUUGAGCCCACCCAAAACCAGCCCCAACACCUGCGACAACACCAGCUUCAGCGUCACCGUCACGUCGUGGUUCGGUGUGGCCAAUCUCACCUUGCAACUGGGUCACCAAUAUAUCGACGACAGCGUAGGCAAGGCCCCGUACAAUGUCCUCAGCAAGUACGCCAACUUCAACCUCACCUACCCGCACACCCCAUUCUACGAGUGUGACAUGGCCAUCGCCGAAUGCAAGGGCUGCGACGGAGAGACCAUUUUCGCCAAUGUCACCUCCGCAGUCGCUUGA